AUGGCAACUAAGUCGAGCAGAAAUCUGGAGGAACCUGAAUCAAGCACUACAGUUGAAGAAAAAGUAGUUAAAGUAAACGGCGAAGUUGCUAUCAGACGCUACAAUAAAGGCAGAUUUCUAGGUAAAGGUGGCUUUGCAAGAUGUUAUGAGUUCACAAACCUCGAAACCCGAAAAAUUACAGCAGCCAAAAUAGUUUCAAAAGAAUCCCUUAAAAAAUCCCGUGCGAAACAAAAACUCAUGUCCGAAAUCAAAAUCCACCGUGCCCUUCACCAUGCAAAUAUUGUCGGAUUUGAGCAUUUCUUCGAAGACAAUGAAAAUGUGUACAUUUUAUUAGAACUCUGCACAAACCAAACCACAAAUGAGCUGCUAAGGCGCAGAAAAAGACUGACCGAGCUAGAGGUGCAGUGCUAUCUGCAUCAAGUUAUAUCUGCUUUGAAAUAUCUUCACUCACAUAGGGUGAUCCAUAGAGACUUAAAAUUGGGAAAUUUCUUCUUAUCAGACAAAAUGGAAAUAAAAAUCGGAGAUUUUGGCUUGGCGACGAAGCUUGAGUUUGAUGGGGAAAGAAAAAGGACGAUUUGUGGGACACCUAACUAUAUAGCUCCAGAAGUAUUGGAUGGUAAACAAGGCCACUCAUAUGAAGUCGAUAUUUGGUCACUUGGAGUUAUUGCGUAUAUAGUGAAAUGCCUUAAUUUUGAAUGAUGGAAAAUAUAAAAAAAUUUUUGGGCAAAAAAUGGUAAAAUCUAAUACUUUAUUGGUAGGAAAGCCACCAUUUGAGACAUCUGAUGUAAAAACUACUUAUAGAAGAAUCAGAAUGAACGCUUAUUCUUUCCCAGAUCAUGUACCUCUUAGCGAGCCUAGCAAAAGUUUAAUUACAAGAAUCCUCGUCAAUGACCCAGCAAAGCGUCCGUCACUUGAUGAAAUUUUGGCUCAUGAAUUUUUCCAUCAAGGCAACUCUAUCCCCAAAUUAAUGCCACCUUCUACAUUAGCUUGUCCUCCAAGCGCUUCUUUUUUACGUCAGUUUACUUCACCUUCUGUAAGUGGCGGCUUAUCUCAAUCUUCUAAUAGACUUACUGAAACAGUCCCUUCAGUCGCCUUAAAAAAUACAUCAGCAAGAUCAGCUAGGCAAGAGCUUGUAAAUACCGAAAGGGCCUCAAAAAUCCGUGAAGAGACAAAACAGAUGCCUCCACUUACGAAUGCUCCUGAACAAGGCAUAGGAGCAGCUGGGCCUGAAGUUUGGGUUAAAAAAUGGGUAGAUUAUUCGUCAAAAUAUGGUCUUGGAUAUUUAUUAUCAAAUGGGUCAACUGGGGUGUUUUUUAAUGACGCUACAAAAAUUAUUUUAAGUCCUGCAGGGAAUGCUUUUGAGUAUAUGGAAAGAAAAGGACCUGAAAAACAAGAUGUAAUUACGACGCAUACGCUGACAGAAUAUCCAAAAGAACUUCAAAAAAAGGUUACUUUGUUGCAGCAUUUUAGAAGCUAUUUGGAAGGAGACGUUAAACAAGAAACGGGGAUUGAAGGCGAAAAUAUGCCAGUUAGCAGGGUUUAUGUGAAGAAAUGAAUGAGGACGAGACAUGCGAUUAUGUUUAGGCUUUCUAAUAAAAUUGUACAAGUAAAUUUCGGCUUUGGGAAAUUUUUUAUUUUUUUUAUUAUUUUUAAGAAAAUUUAUAAUUUUUUUUUUAAAUUUCCAAGAUCAUACUGAAAUAAUUUUGUCAAGUGAAACAAGAGUGGUAACUUAUGUUAAUAAAAGAGGAGAAAGAACAACCUAUCCGCUAGCUACAGCACAAGAAAGUAGCAAUCAUGAAAUGACUAAAAGGCUGAAAUACACGAAAGAUAUUUUGACUCAUAUGCUAAAUGCUCCGAAUAGGCAAGGAGAAGAGCCGCCAUUGGAUAACUAA